GACUGACUUGCUGGUGCACAAAAGUUGAUCCAAACCUGAUCGUGCGUCCUGGCGCACCGGGAAAGCGCGGCCAUGGGAGCUUCACAGACGCGCACAAGGCACAAAUAUUACGACCUUUCGGAGAAAACGGGAUUUUCUUUGGAGCAGAUCAACAAUCUUCAUGAAAGAUUCCUGCACCUGAGUGAAAAUGAAGACACGCUGAGCAGGGAGAACUUGAACCGGUUACCUGACCUCGCAAACAAUCCACUCAGAAAACAAAUUGUGGAAGCCUUCUUUGAUAAGAGGAACCAGCAUCAGGAGGAGGCGGGCUUCUUCCAGGAGAUUGGUUUUGAGCAGUUCCUCGUGGUUAUGUCUCACUUCCGUCCUCCAAAGACGAAGAUGUCAGAUGAGGACAAGCAAGCUUUAAGGAAGGAGAAGUUUCGCUUCCUGUUUAACAUGCACGACACAGACAAUGAUGGCACCAUCACGCUGGAGGAGUACAGGGAGGUAGUUGAGAAGCUUCUUUCAGAAAGUGGCGCCAUUGAGGAGCAGGCUGUCAAGCGGAUUGCAGAUGCUGCCAUGCUGGAAGUAGCGAGCACAAAUGUUCCCCAUAUGGCCCCAGAUGAAUUCUAUGAAGGAAUUACAUUUGAACAUUUUGAACAGAUUUUAAAAGGCUUCGAAAUGGAGUCCAGGAUGCAUAUCCGCUUUCUGGAUGGAGGCACAAGAAUGCGAUGUAGGAAACCAACCACUGGAAGCAGUUCUUAAAGAAAUAUUUGUCAUGGCUAUUUUAAGAAGACUCUCUCCAGUCCUUCAAUGGAAGCAAGUCAAACAUUGAUGUUACAGCACUACGCUUCACCUACACUAUACCCAAAAACCUUAAUAUACUAGAAAAAGGUUUCUAUUAAAUCUGAUUCAAAUCUCCCACUGAGGAACAACCAGUAAUGAAU